AUGAAGACGACUUCCAUAUCACAGAGUGAUUCAGAAUAUGAACAAAGUUCCCCUACAUUCGAUGAGGAAUCAUCAGAUGAUAAGCAUGGUACUGAAUGUGAUGAGGGUAGCGAUUCGAAGGUGCCUGUUGACAAUGGCAUGGUAGUCGAAGAUGGUCCUACCAGGGGUGCUAAUUUGGAAGUGCCUGCUGAUGAUGUCAUGGCAACCAAAAACAAUCCCAAUGAGGAUGCCGAUGCAAGCCAAUGA